CACGCCCUGUUUGCUUCGCCGGAGAAGAGCAGAGCGCAAUGGCAGCGGCGGAGGAGGAGGAAGCAGCUGCCGCGCCGCCCGAUGGCGGCGCCGAGAGCGAGUCUGCGGAGAUUUCUGCGGAAGGGGUGAUGGAGGGGGAGGAGAGAGAGGCGGCGGCGGAGUAUUCGUGGCCCCAGCUCCACUUCGACCGCCCGCCCCACCGGCUCUACCACUUCGCCCGCCAGUUCCGCUCCGUCGCUCCCGCUACCGGCAGCGGAAGCGGCGAGAACUUCCUAAAAGGAGUCAAGUGGUCGCCCGACGGCUCCUCCUUCCUCACCAGCUCCGACGACAAUUCCCUCCGCUUGUUCUACCUGCCGGAGGAUGCGUACGGUGGGGCGGAGCACGUUGCCGAGGCCGCUGUCGGAGGUGAAGAUUCUUAUGGCGCAUUCCUUCAGGUGAACGAGGGUGAACCAGUGUACGAUUUCUGCUGGUACCCGUGUAUGUCUUUGUCUGACCCAGCCACCUGUGUAUUUGCAAGCACCAGUCGUGAUCACCCGAUACACCUUUGGGAUGCGACCGGUGGGGAGCUCCGGUGCACCUACAGAGCAUAUGAUGCCAUGGAUGAAAUAGCUGCUGCACUUUCAAUCUCUUUCAAUUCUACUGGAUCUAAGCUCUUUGCUGGAUACAACAAAGCAAUAAGAGUAUUUGAUGUUCAUCGGCCUGGUAGAGAUUUUGAGCAGUAUUCUUUACUUAAGGGAGGUGAAGGGCCAACCGGUAUAAUAUCUUCAAUUUCCUUCUCUCCGCACAAUGGGAUGCUUGCUGUUGGCUCAUACAGCCAGACAACUGCUGUGUAUGCAGAAAGUAAUAUGGAGCCGUUGUAUGUCUUACAUGGCCAGCUUGGUGGUGUUACACAGGUGCUGUUUUCAAAAGAUGGGAACUAUCUAUAUACUGGAGGGCGCAAGGAUCCGUACAUAUUAUGCUGGGAUAUUCGCAAUACUGUGGAUAUUGUUUACAAGUUGUACAGAUCAGCUGAUACUACUAAUCAAAGAAUAUAUUUUGAUAUUGAGCCCUGCGGUAGACAUCUAGCCACUGGUGGGCAGGAUGGGAUGGUACAUGUCUAUGACCUUCAAGGCGGUCAAUGGGUAACAGGCUUCCAAGCAGCUGCUGAUACUGUAAACGGGUUCUCGUUCCAUCCAUACCUUCCAUUUGCCGUGACAUCAUCCGGGCAUAGAAGAUUUGGCAUGCAAGAUGAGUUUGAAGAUGAGUUAAACAUGGGAGGUGAUGAGAACUGCUGCUCUGUCUGGAUGUUUUCCUCCUCACAAGAAUCAUGAAACUGCUAAGCACCUAAGGGCAAGUCAAGGUUUUGGUUUAUAUAGGUGCGGAAGCUAGAUGACGCAAUCUGAUUGCAAUGGAUGGUGAUUGUAUCUGAUCAAAGCUAAGCAAGGUAUUGAAAUCCAAUGAUUGGAUGCACGCUUAAACCCAAAAAAAAAAGGAUCUCAUGUACCUGGGUGCUAUUUGUGACGUUGAUAUUCCUGUGCAGAGCUGAGCACUCGCUUCCUAUUGUGUGGGUUUGACAAUUGAGGUCGGCUAAUGUAUUUUCAUUGACGGCUAUAUAAUUGAUGUCCUAUUUUGUAUCCAAUUCGUAUAA